GGCGGGGGGAGAAUUACUUAGACGGAAGCAGACGACGGCGACUAGGGCGAGGAACUCAGAAAUAGUCAUGCCGUUCGUCUCAAAGACACGUAGGCAAACUGAUUACAACCGCUUUCCACCUUCAGUUCCCAUUGUUAUCGAUAAUGGCGCUUCCUACUUCCGAAUCGGGUGGGCAGGAGAAACUGAGCCUCGUGUUGUUUUCCGCAAUAUUGUGCAAAGACCACGUCACAAAGCUACAGGGGAAACUGUUACUAUUGUUGGGGACCAGGAUCCUGCGAUGAUGAAGUUCUUUGACUGCACUCGCUCCGGACCACGUUCGGCUUUUGAUAGCAAUGUUGUUUAUCAAUUCGAGAUCAUGGAAUAUAUUCUUGACUUCGCCUUUGAUCGUUUGGGGGCUAGUGGAUCAUCGAUUGAUCAUCCAAUCCUAAUUACAGAAUGCGUUUGCAACCCAGUUUAUUCUCGUAGCAAAAUGGCAGAGCUGCUAUUUGAUACUUAUGGAGUGCCUGCUGUUGCAUUUGGAGUGGAUGCUGCGUUCAGCUAUAAGUACAACCAACGACACGGAAAAUGUCAAAAAGAUGGAAUUGUUAUCUGUCCUGGCUUCACUACAACACACACCAUUCCUUUUGUAGAGGGAGAACCUGUAUAUAAAGGAUCCUGCAGAACUAACAUUGGUGGAUAUCAUGUCACUGAUUAUUUAAAGCAGCUUCUGUCACUUAAGUACCCUUUUCAUUCGUCUAUAUUUACAUGGGAGAAGGCAGAAGAGUUGAAAUUGGAACACUGUUAUAUCGCUCCUGAUUACGUUUCAGAAGUUCGAAAAUUCCAGGAAGGAACAAAGGAAGCUGAAGAGAAAACAAGGUAUUGGCAGCUUCCAUGGAUACCUCCUCCUGUAGAAGCUCCUCCAUCAGAAGAAGAGAUUGCAAGAAAGGCAGCUAUAAGAGAAAAACAAGGUCAAAGGCUACGAGAAAUGGCUGAAGCAAAGAGAUCUUCCAAGAUAAACGAAAUGGAAAACGAAUUGCACAGCUUGCAUUUCCUUGUGAAGCAACUUGACCAGGUUGAAGAAGAUGACAUUCCAUCUUUUUUAUCAGACACGGGUUAUACGUCCAGGCAAGAGCUGGAAUCUACUGUUUCUAAGGUGACACAGGCGCUUCGAAAAGCAAGGGGUGACCCGAAGGAUGAACCUGAUGAGUUCGAAGAGAACAUUGAUUCUAACGAAAAGUAUCCUCUUCUUAAUGUCCCUGACAAUAUGCUUACACCUGAGCAGAUCAAGGACAAGAAGAAGCAGUUGUUUCUUAAAACAACCACAGAGGGAAGGCUACGAGCUAGACAAAAGCGUAAUGAGGAGGAACUGGAGAAAGAGAGAAGAAAUCAAUUAGAGGAGGAGAGACGUCGUGAGAACCCAGAGUUCUAUUUAGAGGAGAUGCGAGCUCAGUACAAGGAAGUGUUGGAGAGAGUUGAGCAAAAGAAACGUCUAAAAACAAAUGGUUCAAACACAAACGGGAAUCAAAAAUCCGGAAACGUUGGACGAGGAGAACGACUAAGCGCUGCGAAGAGAGAAAGAAUGCGUCUGCUAACAACAGCAGCCUUUGAUAGAGGCAAAGGAGAGGAUACAUUUGGUGCUAAAGACGAAGAUUGGCAGCUCUACAAACUUAUGAGCAAGGAUAAUGACGAUGACGACGAACGACCUGACUCAGACGAGGCUGAGCUAGCUCGGUUAUCAUCCAGGCUUCAGGAGAUAGACCCAACGUUUGAGCAGAAAGUUGAAGGAGAGUUGGGACAGGCAUCAGGGGAGGCUCCAGGUGUUCGUCCACUAACGGAGGAAGACUACAAGAUAGUGAUUGGUGUAGAAAGAUUCAGGUGUCCUGAGAUCUUGUUCCAUCCUAACCUCGUUGGCAUUGACCAAGUGGGGUUAGACGAGAUGGCUGGUGCAUCCAUUAGAAGGCUACCUCACGAGGAUAAAGAGUUGGAGGAGAGGCUAACGAGCUCCAUACUGAUGACCGGUGGGUGCAGCCUUGUCCAAGGGAUGAAAGAGCGGUUGGAAUGUGGGAUUAGGAUGAUAAGACCGUGUGGCUCAACCAUUAAUGUGGUUCAAGCUGAGGAUCCAGUGCUGGACGCGUGGCGUGGAGCAUCUGCGUUUGCUGCUGAUUUGAACUUCUUGAAGAAUGCAUUUACUAAGAAGGAUUACUACGAGAAAGGUGAAGAUUGGCUUCGAGGAUACCAGAUUCAGUACAACACUUUGUGAUUCAUCCACUCCUAUGGUGGACUUAUCUAUUUGAUUAGCUCUUUAGCUUUCUCUAUUGCUAUUUGUAUAAACUCAGUUUAAGGAUGUUUUAGAUUGAACUUUUUUUUUUAUCAUAAAAAAACACAGCACACACGAAUAAC